AUGUUGGACCUGCCCAUUCUGGCCUCCCCAGACAUGGCUGACAGCUGGUUGAACCUGCAGUCAGAGGAAGAAAGAGGGCAGGAAAGCAGCAUGGGGGACUCUGCCAACCUGGACGACAGCCUGACCAGCCUACAGUGGCUUCAAGAGUUUUCCAUCAUCAAUGCCAACGUGGGCAAGUCUUCCUCUUCUCCCAGCAGCUCGGACCCUCACGGCUACCACAAGAUCCCUGGCUCUGCUGCUCCUUGCUCCCCCUUGGCUGCUGACCCAGCUUGCAUUGGGAUGCCCCACACCCCCGGCAAGCCCAUUUCAUCUUCCACCUCCAGGACUACUCACCUGGGGAUGGGCAUGCAGGCCCAGCCCUUGGAAGACAUAGAUUACAAGACCAACCCUCAUGUGAAGCCCCCUUACUCCUAUGCGACGCUCAUCUGCAUGGCCAUGGAAGCCAGCAAGAAAACCAAAAUCACCCUUUCGGCCAUCUACAAAUGGAUUACGGACAACUUCUGCUACUUCAGACACGCUGACCCCACCUGGCAGAAUUCCAUCCGGCACAACCUAUCCUUGAACAAGUGCUUCAUCAAGGUGCCGCGAGAGAAGGACGAGCCGGGGAAAGGUGGAUUCUGGAAGAUCGACCCUCAGUACGCAGACAGGCUCAUGAAUGGGGCCUUCAAGAAACGCAGGAUGCCCCCUGUGCAGAUCCACCCAGCCUUCACCAGCAGAGUCCAACAAGAAGCCGGGACUGUUGCCAACCAGGCAGCAUCCUCUUGGUCCAACGACAGUGUCCUGAAUGUCAACAUGGAGUCACAGCAGCUGCUCAAAGAGUUUGAGGAAGUCACGAGUGACCAGAAUUGGAACCCAGCGGAUGGGAAAAUGGGCCACAAACGUAAGCAGCCAUUGCCCAAACGGAUGCACAAGACAGCUCGCCUCUCUAGCUCCCCCUUGCUCACCCAGGAAGAACAGACAGAGCUUGGCUCAUUGAAAGGUGACUUUGACUGGGAAGCUAUCUUUGAUACCACCUUGAAUGGUGACUUCUCCACUUUUGAGGAUCUGGAGCUCACACCUCCUAUUAGCCCAAUAACCAGAGAUGUGGACUUGACAGUGCAUGGAAGACACAUUGACUGUCCACAGGAAUGGUGCCCAGUCGGGCAAGAUCAGGUCCUAACAGAAUCCAACCAGAACAACUUAGACUUUGAUGAAACCUUCAUGGCCACUUCUUUCCUUCAGCAUCCCUGGGAUGAAGAGAGAAAUGAUUAUCUCUCAAAUUCGGUCAACAUGGACCAGUUGUUUGAACUCAACGACUCUUCUUUGCCCACAGACAUGAGUGACUGGAGCAGUAUGGGAUCUUUUUUAUAA